AUGGCUGCCCCAUCGCCGGCGGGCGAUGGUGAAGCCCCCGCCAUACCUAACCCUAACGGCCCGACAGUAGUGUUGACGGCCCUGGAUUUUUUGCGUAGUAGGCCCGUUCAGCCACCACCACCGCCUCAACCAAUACCAGAACACACUGCUGCCGCAGCUGAUUCCCUCCCAUCGCCGUCCCAGCCACCCGUGCCUUCUCCCGCGACAGCUGCACCGGUCGUGGUUGACAACGACCCCUUGCCACCGCCGAUUCGCACGCAAGGGGAAGGCGCUAAGGCUGCUAGGACGACCCGAACCAACUUCGGGAAAGGCGAGGGGGCCCUGGAUGUGCAGACUCAAGCCAUGCAGCGUCAUCAAAGGACUACGAAGCACAGGGACGCCAUCCGCAACCAGGAGCUGGCGUUGGCCAAAGCUGCCGGGCAGCAUCGCAUCCCGGAUUUCCCGAAAGCCCGUGACGUGGAGCACGAUGCUGUGGAGGCGUUGCUGGACACGAUGCUGUUCAUUACCAAGACUGACGCACCCAUAGACAUGUGGGUGUAA